AUGCAGACUACCUUGGCCUGCUUGCUUCUACAUGCCUCUUGGCCUUUUCAAUCUGAGGGAAGACAGGCAUCAUCUUUAGUGUCCCCAAUGGCAUUGCUGAACCACUUCUCAAUGGAAAAACUGAUGAACAUUCAGAAUACAAGAGGAUAUCGUUAUACAGCAAAGCUACUCUUGAAGAAAGUAGCAAUCAAUGCAUUGUUUGCAGUGAUAAGUGCUGUAGCAUCUUGUGUUGGCCCAUACCUCAUCAAUGACUUUGUACAUUUCCUAACUGAGAAGAGCACCAAGAGUUUAGAGACUGGGUACCUUCUGGCCCUAGCCUUUUUAGUUGCCAAUGUUGUUGAGACAAUAGCACAGAGGCAAUGGAUUUUUGGGGCACGCCAGCUAGGCCUUCGCCUUAAAGCUGCUUUGAUAUCUCGCAUAUACAAGAAAGGCUUACUCCUGUCAAGUCCAUCCCUCCAAAACCACACUAUCAGAGAGAUCAUCAACUAUAUGAGUGUAGAUAUCCGAAGAAUCAUAGACUUCAUUUGGUACUUAAACAUAAUAUGGAUGUUUCCAGUACAAAUAUCCUUAGCAAUCUACAUUCUACAUACAAAUCUAGGUUUGGGGUCAUUUGCUGCAUUAGCCACAACUUUAAUAGUUAUGGCUUGCAAUAUAACCAUUACAAGAGUCCAGAAGAGAUACCAAUCUAAGAUCAUGGAAGCCAAGGACAAUAGGAUGAAAGCCACUUCAGAAGUUCUUCAAAAUAUGAAGACUAUUAAACUUCAAGCAUGGGACAGUGAAUUCCUUCAAAGGUUAGAAAGCUCGUGGACAAUAAAGUAUGGUUGGUUAUGGAAAUCACCAAGACUGUCAGCACUUUCAUCUUUUAUCUUCUGGGGAUCACCUGCAUUUAUCUCUAUGGUAACUUUUGGGGCAUGUAUGCUAAUGGGGGUUGAACUCACAGCAGGAAGAGUCUUAUCUGCUUUGGCCACCUUCCGAAUGCUACAACGCCCUAUUGAAGACCUGCCUGACUUACUGAUUGCGAUUGCACAGGAUGCCAUUGAGUAUAUUCCAAAAGAUCAAACUAAAUUUGACAUUGAGAUUGAUGGUGGGAGAUUUAGCUGGGAUCCUGAGUCAAGGAAUCCAACUCUAGAAGGAAUUCAGUUAAAAGUGAAGAGGGGAAUGAAAGUGGCAAUAUGUGGGACUGUGGGAUCAGGGAAGUCAAGCCUGCUCUCAUGUGUGCUUGGAGAUAUAGAAAAGCUGUCAGGGACAGUGAAGAUCAGUGGAAAUAUCAGGGAGAAUAUUCUAUUUGGGAAUCAGUAUGAGAAUGCUAAGUAUAACAGAACAGUUAAAGCAUGUGCUGUGACAAAGGAUUUUGAACUUUUCCCCUGUGGUGAUCUAACAGAGAUUGCUGAAAGAGGGAUAAAUAUGAGUGGAGGACAGAAGCAAAGGAUACAGAUUGCUCGAGCAGCUUACCAGGACGCUGAUAUAUAUUUACUUGAUGAUCCUUUCAGUGCUGUUGAUGCUCAUACAGGAACCCAACUCUUUGAGGAAUGCCUAAUGGGGAUUCUUAAAGACAAGACUAUACUUUUUGUUACCCACCAAGUGAUGCAAAAUGGAAGAAUUGUACAAGCUGGACAAUUAGAUGAACUUUUGAAGCAAAAAAUAGGAUUUGAGGAUUUGGUUGGUGCUCAUAGCCAGGCUCUAGACUUAAUCCUCUCAGUUGAAAAUUCAAGUAGAACAUCUCAAAGCCCUAUAGCUGAUGAUGAAUCCAACAUAGAUUCAACUUUAAAUGCAGAACUUCUACGCACACAACAUGACUCAGAGCAUAAUCUCUCUUUUGAAAUUACAGAAAAAGGAGGUAAAUUGGUGCAAGAUGAAGAAAGAGAGAAAGGAAGCAUCGGAAAAGAAGUUUACUGGUCUUAUAUGACCAUUGUGAAAGGCAGUGCCCUGGUUCCAUUCAUCCUUUUGGCACAUUUAUCAGAUCAAGUAUUACAAGUAGCAAGUAACUACUUGAGGGCAUGGGCUUCACCUCCCACAAGUGAGACUAAACCAAAAUUGGCAAUGAACUUCAUAUUGCUUGUUUAUGUAGUACUUGCUCUUGGAAGUUCACUUUGCAUGUUCGUGAGAGCCAUACUACUAGUAAAAGCAGGAAUUUGGACAUCACAAAAGCUUUUCACAAACAUGUUGCAUAGUAUAUUCCGGGCACCAAUGGCAUUUUUUGAUUCAACCCCAUUUGGAAGAAUCUUAAACUGGGCAUCUACAGAUCAAAGUGUGUUAGAAUUAGAAUUGGCAAUAAAAUUAGCAUGGUGUGCUUUCUCAAUAAUACAGAUGCUAGCAACUAUUGCAGUGAUGUCUCAGGUGGCAUGGGAAGUAUUUGUCAUUUUCAUUCCAGUAACUGCAAUCUGCAUCUGGUAUCAGCAAUAUUACAUACGAACAGCAAGAGAACUGGCCCGCUUAGCAGGUAUACAACGAGCACCAAUCCUCCACCACUUUGCAGAAUCACUAUCAAGAGCUGCAACAAUCCAUGCUUUUGAUCAAGAAGACCGUUUUAUCAAUGGAAACGUUGGUCUUGUCGACAACCCCUCAAGGCCAUGGUUUCAUAGUGUGUUAGCAAUGGAAUGGUUUUCUUUCAGACUGAAUUUGCUAUCCAAUUUCGUUUUUGCGCUCUCAUUGUUUUUACUGGUGACGCUUCGUGAAGGAAUUAUCAAUCCAAGUGAGUAUCACUAA